AUGUAUCCAAAUAUAAUGAUAACAAACCGUUUACAACCAUCAGCUGUCGUUAAUUCAACAAUAUGUGCUCAAUGUGAUUUAAAUCGUCCAAAUGGACCUAACAAUAAUAAUAAUACUCUAUCAUUUCAUCAAUUACCACAAGAAACUCAAUUAUCAAUUGAACGUAAACGUUUAGCUGAUUAUUGUCGUUUUCGUUGGCAUCGAAUGGAAAUGGGUGGUAUUGUAUGUACAACAGGUUCAAUUAUUAUCAAACGUACUCGAGAACUUGUUGAACAAAUUGAACGAUCACUUGAACUUGAUACAGAUGGUAUAUGGUGUGUAUUACCAGCAGCAUUUCCUGAAAAUUAUGAAUUAAUAACACGUGAUCCAUCACGUCCAAAAGUUGUUAUAUCUUAUCCAUGUAGUUUAUUAAAUUUAAUCAUUAAAGAUCAUUAUACAAAUGAUCAAUAUCAUGAAUUAGUUGAUAAAAAUAAACACAUUUAUGAAAUUCGUUCAGAAAAUUCAAUUUUUUCUUUGAAAUUUAUGGUCCUUAUUUAA